AUCUCAUCCCACUCAUCUGUUGAUCCUCCAUAACCAUUCACUUCCACCUUCAAACCAAACAAUCCGUUCUAUCUUCACAAUGAAGUCCAUCUCUGCCAUCCUCGUCUCCCUCCUGGCGACCUCGGUUGCUGCUGGUCCUGUCGUCACCACGGUGACCAUCGCCCUGGCCAAUGACCAGACGGGCGCCCAAGGCAGUGCGGCCAUCCCGGCCGACGGUAGCGAGCAGAGCAUCCAGAACCUCUACGGCAACACCGGAGUGGGCACUAGCGGGGUGGUCAAGGCCUCGUCGGCGCAGUUGACCAACUUCCAGCAGACGACCAACUGCGUGAUCAAGAAAUACGGCUCGGUUCUGGCCACCCUGACGGCGCAGAGAACCUAUGCGGACUUGGACGGCAACCCGAAUGCGGCGCAGCCCGUGGAUCUGAGUGGUGCGGUCGUCAGGUGCACUGUUUGAUAGAGUGCUCGGUAGAUAUUAUGGAGAUGGGGUUAAGGUCUAUAGUCAUGUUGGUGAAGGGUUGGAUGUUAAUGAUGGACGUGAUGUAAUUAUUUCGGGACUACAAUGUUGACUUGCUUGAUAUGAUGACAGAGCAUCCGUAGCCCUCAGCUCGCCUAAUGAGCCCCAUAGGGCCUUCAGGACAAGGGUCUAUUGG